AUGAGGAACACAUUGAUCAAUGAUGCCAAUGGCCAACAGUAUAACACCUUCAGUGAUCUUAUGCAGCAGCAGCAGGAGCCUCAGGCAAGGCCGGUGAAUAACAGAUGGAUGUUCCUGGCAGUCUUCACCGCUGUGCUGGGAAACCUAAGCUUUGGUUAUGCCUUGGUGUACACUUCGCCUGUGGUCCCAGAACUGGAACACUCUCUAGACCCUGACCUCCGACUUAAUGACCGUUCUGGAGCAUGGUUUGAGUCUGUCUUCAACCUGGGGGCUGUCGUGGGUGGGCUCGGCGCCAUGUUGUUCAAUGACCUGUUGGGUCGCAAGUUGACCAUCAUGGUGUCUGCCGUGCCCUCCGCUGUGGGCUUUGCCUUGAUGGGCGGAGCCAGUACAAGAUGGAUGCUUGAUCUGGGCCGUGCUAUGACCGGUUUCGCAGCGGGAAUGUCUGCCAGUUCCAUCCCGGUGUAUAUUUCGGAGAUAUCAGUGGCCAAGCUGAGAGGGAGACUGGGAUCUACUCCCCAGUUCAUGCUUGUCUGUGGAUCACUUCUGCUCUACGCUCUGGACUUGGUCUUGUCGUGGCGUUGGCUAGCUGUUGUCGGGGCAGUUAUACCGGCAGUAUUAAUUAUCGCCAUGUGCUUCAUGCCGCAGUCUCCUCGCUAUUUAAUCUCCAAAGAGCGCUAUUACGAAGCCAUCGAAGCCCUCAUGUGGCUUCGAGGAUCGGAUUCCGAUUACCUGGAAGAGUACAGGAAGAUCGAUGAAUCCCUGAACAAGGACGUCAAACGAUUGUCGUGCAUGGACCUGCGGCAGCCCUUUGUCUACAAGCCCAUGCUGAUUACUCUCUUCAUGAGAGUGUUUCAACAGCUGAGUGGCAUCACAGUCAUCCUGGUCAACUUGCAGCUCAUCUUUGACAGUACGUCAGUCAUCCUGCCAGGUUCCUAUGAUGCAGUGUUGGUUGGACUUGUUCGCUUGGUGUCCGUGUCCAUUGCGGCCUGGGUUAUGGACAAAGCUGGAAGGCGGAAACUUCUCUUUGCUUCAGGCUACGCCCUGGGAUGGGGUCCAAUCACAUGGCUGUUGAUGUCGGAAAUCCUUCCCCUUAAAGUGCGGGGCCUGAUGUCAGGCCUGUGUGUCAUUGUCAGCUGGAUCACAGGCUUCAUCCUCACAGAGUAUUUCCUGCUCGUGAAGGCUACCUAUGGACUCGCUGUGCCCUUCUUGUUCUUCUGUGUGAUCUCCGCCCUGGGAAUAAUAUUCACCGGUCUCUGCGUCCCGGAAACCAAAGGGAAAACCUUGGAGCAAAUUGAAGACGAGUUCAGGAACUUGAGGACUCCCCGCGAUGAUGACAACAGUUGACGUGGACCCUCGAUGUUGAAGAGCUGGAAGUUAAAGACGUGCUCUGAUAAGCUCCUCUUCCUGUCCAUCCGAUGAGGGGGAAACCCAUCCCAAAGCAAAAAUUAAUUUGGUGCAUUUUUUCAUCGCCUGCUAUUGUACAAAGAGCUGGUGAUGCAGGGGUGGUUCCUCUUUGCGUACCUCCGCACAUCACACACUCUCAGGGCUGGUACGGAGCAGGUUAGAUAUACGGAGUAAAACUCCCUCCACCUUGACCCAUCAAACACUCGAGGUACAGCAUGGGCACCUGCUUAUAAGAUGUUACUGUGUGUUUUUUCAUCAAAUACUUCCAAUGAAGGUAGUGUUGGGGUGUAGUCCGUUGAGAUUUCACAACCUCUGGAGGGAGCAAGUGUUGGGUGGCACAGUGGUAGAGUUUCUGCCUUACAGAU